CAGCUGCAGCAGCUGCAGCAGCUGCAGCAGCUGCAGCAGCUGCAGCAGCUGCAGCAGCUGCUGCAGCAGUACGGGGGCGAGCAGCCGGCGCAGCAGGCGCAGGCGCCGGGCCGCGUUCCGCUGCAGCGGCAGCAGCAGCAGCAGCAGCAGCAGCAACUGCGUUCGCGUCCGCUGCAGCAGCAGCAGCAGGCUGCGCGGAUGCCCGCGUCGGGGCUGCAGCAGCUGCAGCAGCUGCAGCAGCUGCAGCAGCUGCAGCAGCUGCAGCGGCAGCAGCAGCAGCAGCCGCAGCAGCCCGGAGAAGGAGACGAAGAGCAGCAGCAAACUGGAGAAGAGAUUGCUGUCGAAGCAGCAGGAGCAAUAGAAGCAGCAGCAAUUGCCAUUCUUGCUGCUCACUCUUUGUUCAAAACUGGAGACACAAUGUUUGCUGCAGUGCCUGUGGAAGAGCUGCUGCAGCAGCUGCAGCUGCUGCAGCAAACCGGCUUCCUCCGCAGCAGGGGAUACAACCUUUUAGGGUUUAGGGCCCCCUUCUUCGAAGGAGACAAAACCUCUUUGCUGCCGCCGCCAGGAGCUGGAACUCCUUUCGUGGUUUGCAUGCAAAAGGGAAUGACUUGCUGCGUCCCGGAAACCGCCGUCCUCAACUGGCGCGAAAAAAUGGUCAGGCCCUAUUUGAACGACAAGAGCGGCUCGCGGCGCUGCCGCGCGCACUUCGUGUCGGUGAAGAACGCGCUGUGCGCGUCGACGAGUUACCCGCAGGAGCUUUUGGAGGAAAAUUUGGAGAAAAAAGGGGAAAAAGAAGCGGAAAAAAAGGUUUUGGAGACGGAAAAAGACGCGGAAUCGAAACGCACCGAAAGAAUUAAUGCAGUUGGCGAAAAAAACAAAGAAAAUCCCAAAAAAAUUGAUUUCAAAAGUCAAGAAUUGUGCGGAAUGGGAGUGGUCGAAACCAGCACCUUUUGGGUGUACAGACACCUCCUCGUCAUUCCCGACAAAACCAUGAACAACGCCAUUUGCGAAUGCAAACGACCCAAAAGCCCCAAUGACGAGGUUUCCAAACCCUAA